AUCAUACUUUGUUGUACUACAGAUUGUAUACUACGGAUGGGAACUAUUCAGAUUUAUGAUGUCAAACACUUUUCUUAGACCAAAGGUAUCUUCCACAAAGGUAACAGACUGGGUAGACCCAUCAUUCGAUGAUUGUUUGGAGAAUUCAGGCAUUUCCACUAUUCCUGCCACAUCAUUAGGUGUGAAUAACUCAACUCGUAGAAGAAAAAAUGUGUCUCCCACAUUAGAAAGUAGCAAAUUUCCAGCUAGAAGAAAAGGAAAGCUGUCUUCCUUAGAACUGAUUUAUGGUCUAGAAAAUUCAAAGGAAUAUCUAUCUGAAAAUGAGUCAUGGGUGGACAAAUACAAACCAGAAACUCAGCAUGAACUUGCUGUGCAUAAAAAGAAAAUUGAAGAAGUUGAAACCUGGUUAAAAGCUCAAGUUUUAGAAAGGCAACCAAAACAGGGUGGAUCUUUUUUAUUAAUAACAGGUCCUCCUGGAUGUGGCAAGAUGGCUACUAUAAAAAUACUGUCAAAGGAGCAUGGUAUACAUGUACAAGAGUGGAUUAAUCCAGUUUUAUCAGACUUCCAAAAAGAUGAUUUCAAAGAGAUGUUUAAUCCUGAAUCAAGCUUCCCUCUGCUUCCAUAUCAAUCUCAAUUGGCAGUUUUCAAAGAGUUUCUAUUGAGAGCAACAAAGUACAACAAACUACAAAUGCUUGGAGAGGAUUUAAGAACUAAUAAGAAGAUAAUUCUGGUAGAUUUACCUAACCAGUUUUAUCAAGAUUCUAGUUUACAUGAAGUUCUAAGAAAAUUUGUGCAGAUUGGCCGAUGUCCUCUUGUAUUUGUAAUCUCUGACAGUGUCAGUGGUGAUGAUAAUCAUAGGCUGCUGUUCCCCAAAGAAAUUCAAGAGGAAUGUUCUAUCUCAAAUACUAGUUUUAACCCUGUGGCACCAACAAUUAUGAUGAAGUUUUUUAAUCGAAUAGUAACUAUAGAAGCUAAUAAGAAUGGAAGAGAAAUUGUUGUCCCUGAUCAAAGUUCUUUACAGUUCUGUCAAGGAUGUUCUGAUGAUAUCAGAAGUGCAAUAAACAGCUUCCAGUUUUCUUCUUCUAAAGGAGAGAACAAUUUAUGGCCAAGGAAAAAAGGAGUGUCAUUAAAAUCAGAUGCUGUGCUCUCAAAAUCAAGAGGAAGGAGAAAACCUACUAGGGUUUUUGAAAAUCAAGAGGCCCAAGCUAUUGGUAGCAAAGACGUUUCUCUCUUUCUCUUCAGAGCUUUGGGGAAAAUUCUAUAUUGUAAAAGAGCACCUUCAACAGAAUUAGUCUCACCGCAAUUGCCGUCUCAUUUAUCAGAGCAUGAACGGGAUCCAAAACUUGUUCACCCUGAGGAAGUAGUGGAAAUGUCAAACAUGCCAGGAGAGUUUUUCAAUUUGUAUCUUCACCAAAACUUUGUAGAUUUCUUCCUGGAAGUAGAUGAUCUUGUGAGAGCCAGUGAACUUCUCAGUUUUGCAGAUAUCCUCAGUGGUGACUGGAAUAUGCGCUCUUUACUCAGGGAAUACAGUGCAUCCAUAGCUAGGAGAGGUGUGAUACAUUCCAACAGAGCCCGAGGAUUUGCACAUUGCCAAGGAGGGGCUUCAAGUUUUCGACCCUUGCACCAACCCCAGUGGUUUCUAAUAAAUAAAAAGUAUCGGGAAAAUUGCCUGGCAGCAAGAGUACUUUUUUUUGACUUCUACGUGUCAGCUUUAUGCCUCCAAACUCAGCUGUUGCCAUACCUUGCUCUGUUAACCAUUCCAAUGAGAAAUCAAGCUCAGAUUUCUUUUAUCCAAGAUAUUGGAAGACUUCCUCUGAAGCGACACUUUGGAAGGUUGAAGAUGGAAGCCCCGGCCAACAGGGAGCGUGGAAUGUUGGACCCUGAGAGUGGAGACAAGGUGCAGCUCAAUGAAGGGCAGUCGGCUGAGGAGAUGCCAGCUGAACCGACUGAGACCGCCCAAGCCGAAACCUGGUCUCUUCCUCUGAGUCAGGGCAGCGCGACGGAGCUUCCUGCCAGCCAGCCGGAGCCCUUCUCCUCCCAAGCAGACAUGGAAGAGGACAGCUGGGUGAUAGAAGUGUGA